UGAUAUAGGAAUCCCGAUUCGCUGUAGUGGCUCAGCGGUAAUGCAGUGCUUCAUUAUUGCGUGUCUGGCUCUGGCCGCGGUGGAGAUGGGGAGCGGAGAGGUCCGGGACGAUUUCAACAGCUGUUCACAGUUCUUCUAUAAAAGGACUCCGCCAUCUGGGUUUGAACGAAUUGCGCUUGCUGUUCCAGAAGACGCUAAUACACACGAAAACCCUGAAACCUGUCAAUCCGCGUAUAGACAGAAUGCUGCCGCUUACAUCUGUCAGAAAGAAAUAAACCUACCAGAUCACUCUUUUGCUACGCUGUAUGACCGAGGCAGACGAAUCCCGCUCUACUCCGCUUAUAUACUUGAUCCGAGACCCAAACAAACAUCGGGUCGUCCACAAAACUACUUUAAUGUCGAACCACAGCUUGUGCACAGAGACCUUGCUGCUGAACAGACCCGUGAACUAGAUACCAGGACACUUAUAAGAGAAUACAACAAUGAGCAUAGGUGUUUGGAGAGCUACCCAGAAUAUCAACGGCAAAAUAAGAUUCAGAAGAGCCAAGCGGUCGACAAAGAUUUCAGUGGUUACGACCGCGGUCACUUGAACCCAAGUGGUCACCACCUUAGUUCUGCUGCUACUUUUACCUUCACCAAUGUAGCCCCCAUGAGUAAGACGAUGAAUAACGGGAACUGGAACCAACUUGAGCAAAAGAUGGUCCAGAAUGCCUCCUCUUGCUCAGAGAUGUACGUGGUUACUGGGGUUGUCCCUGGUCAAACAUGGACAGGGCUCAAAGACAAGAAAGGAGAAAUGGUGCGACGAGUCAACGUCCCGAGCCAUAUUUGGAAUGCCUUCUGCUGUUUAAACAACAACAAAAAACCAGCUCUCUCUAGAGGUUUUCUAGCAAGUAAUACAGACACAGGAACUGUGCAGGAGAUGAGCGUGACAGAUCUGGAAAGAGAAUUGGUUCUGCUUUUGGGGUUAAAUAAUGGGAGGGUUCAAAUCUUUGACAGCUGUAACCCACCUCAUCAACGCUCCAGAAGCUGGUCUUUCAAUGAAAGGCAGCAAAAAAUGAAACAACGCUCCAGAAGCAGGUCUUUCAAUGAAAGGCAGCAAAAAAUGAAACAACGCUCCAGAAGCAGGUCUGUCAAUGAAAGGCAGCAAAAAACGAAACAACGCUUAUGAAAUAUAGAAUAACACAUCCAGCUUUGCAGCAGCUAACUAAUGUGUACUAAUCAAACCCUUUUAAUAUCCCACAAUGCAUAAAUGGUGACGGUAAACUCCCCAAUAGCCUGCCAGCAUUCUGGUGUUUGCUGUGGGUUCCAUUGCUCCAAUACUGUUUUUGUCAUUUUUCUCUAAAUCUGUCUUCACCGGGUUUAGAGCUGGUUGUGUGUUUUGAAUGGAGAGUAAGGCUGUUUAGCCCAAGCACUUAGACAAGCUCACAGCAGCUCAAAGCCAGUAUCGGAGCAAUCCCUCAACAUCACAGAGUGAUUGCAAACACCACAAAAUAAUCAAUAUGAAAAUGACAUUUGAUGCUACUGUUUAAUUUGUGUUUUUAUACGGAGAUUUUAAUAGAUUUGUGAAAUGCUUGAACAUGCUUUGCAAGAAUUAAAGAACAUUGAUGAAAA